UUGGCAGUCUGGACCUGCAGCGGCUUCCAUUUACAAGUCCGUUGAGCCUUUUUUGAAAUGAGAGGGAUCUCUGCAGUGCUGGUCAUGCUGUUGAUCAUCCCGUCAACGCAGUCGCACAACCGUUCAGAAAUACUCCCAUGUCUACUCGCUACUCGAGGAGUUUUCUUUAGGUAUCGGAGGGCUGGUGAUGAAGCGCAUUCAAGGAAGGUCACUUCCCAAGUCUUUGGAGAUUGCUCUAGCGCAGGCGUGUGCAUGCCGGAACCUCCGCAGUGUGCCCAGGCUGUCAUGGCGCAUGCUGACGGCUUCAAGUCACGUUCCCUGGCGUGCCCUUCGCUGCGCUGACUCAGAAAUGCUUGCUAGACGCCUGAGCAAAGCUAUCUGAAUCUCAACACAGGACUAUCUUCCUAAAGUUU